AUGCCGCCGGGACUUGGCAGGUUGAGCUCCCUCUCGUCCAAUCACAGUACGCCGGACGGCACUGCUCCGCCGUCACAGAGACAUGCAGUGGUCUUUCCGGUGCCAACGCUCUUGACACCGACAAAAGCAGGGCGGCAAGAAGAGGCCCUGAAGGCCCCCAAACCGGCCAGUGCCUCGCCGGCCUCGAAAGUCGAGGACUCCGCUGCUCUUCAGCUGCGCGAGGAGCUCCGUGGCAUUUCCCGGCAGUUGGAGCUCCUGGGCUCCCAAGUGGAUUGGUGCGCACUGAAGCGGCGGCUCUUCCUGCUCAUCGCAGAGGUGGAGAGGCAGAUGGUGCAGCCGCAGGGUCCGCAGGGCUUCUCGCGCGACUUGACGCCGUCUCCGUCUCCUGGAGCAUUGCGAUCUGCUGUGGAGGUGAGGGACGAAGACGUGGACGGGCCUCUGGCCGAUGUCAGCUUCGCUCGGCCUGGGGCAUUGGCACUGCGGCCACAAGGGGCGCCCAAUUCCCUGUGCUCUGACAGCUCCCGCUCCGGCUCCAAGCCUCGUGUCCUCGUCCUGGGCUCGAGCUAUCUGGGCUCUGAGGUCUUGCAAGAGCUUUCCAAAGGCUGGGAAGUUCAGGGUUUGUGCAGCAGCCCACCCAUCGGGCCAGUUUGGAGUCUCCUGGACAUGGGCCUCGCUGAGCUGCAGGGCCAUCUACAACGAUUCCAGCCGCAGGCCGUCGUGAACUGCCACACCUCUGCGGCCUUGUUGGAGCUGGAGUCCGAGUCUUCAGAGUCUCCUUUGGAGAAGGAUGCUCGGUCCCGUGAGGUCUUGGCCUUUCUGGCCUCGUUGGCAACAGCUUGUGCGGCCCGGCAGAUCUUCCUCCUCCACUUGAGCUCCGACGCCGUCUUUGGCAAAGCCCCGGAUGGUUCCUCUCAGAGCGUGGAUGCUGAGCCGAAGCCCUGCACGCCGCUGGGAUGGCGCACGUUGGCCGCGGAGCAGGAGGUGCUCAGCUGCAGCCGCGCUGCUGCGGUGCUGCGUCUGCCACUGCUUUGGGAUGGCCCAAAAGGCCCCGUGCAGACGCUGGAGGAGUCUGCGACUCGCCUGCUGUCAGAGCUGAGACGAGGGGUUCGCGAGUUCGAAGACUGGCAGCGCUGCUACCCCACCCGCGCUGUGGAGGUGGCCUCCAUUGUCGCCAACCUGCUUCAGCUGACCUGCAUGGGACCAGUGGAGCAGCGGCCGCGGGGUAUCUACCACUGGCAAGGCAGCGACCAAGUCACAGAAUUUCAGAUGGCUCAAUUUGUGGCCGAGGUUUCAGGCAUGAAAGUCUUCCUGCAGCCAGCGCGGCAUCCAAGCAAACUGUGGAAGAGCUGCUGCCUGGACUGUUCCCGGACUGUGCGCACCGUCCGCGUACCACGAACAAUCCCCAUCAUCGCCAGCCUGCGUUUGUGCUUGCCGGCCACGCAGCAGGAGCAGCACGUUUAG